AUGGCUGUGCGCGGCACAAUAUACUCUCCACGGAUCUGCGGCGGGAUCGUCAGCCUCGCGAUUGCCAUACUCGUUAUACACCCACAGCUUUCCUUCAUCGCCGUCGGAUCAAAUCUCCCCCCCGGUGGCUGCGACACGUGCCGCCAGCUGCGCGGGCUGGAAGACGCUGGGGUGAACGCGCGUAGCCUGCACCGGCACGCGGCGCUCGUCGGCAACUUCAAGGGGCUCUUCCUCAGCCAGCGCGGCAAGUUCAAGAACCACGCCAGAGGAUCCGGCCCCGUCAAUCUCGAGGUUUUCCAGGAAGUUGGUAACCACGUGGCUGUCGUCGACGGCGAAGCUGGCGAUACCCUUGAAAAGUGCUGCGAUGCAUGCAAGCGAACAGCCGGCUGCCUCCAAUACCACUUCUUCCUCAGCAACCGGCUACGCGACAAUGUAAACGUCCGCGGCUUCAUGAGCGGCGUGCAGUGCUACCUGCUCGCGAAAGACGGCGGCGCGGGUCACUCUGGCGAGUACCGGACGCCUCUUAGCGGGGAUGUCAAGGAGCAGCGCGCCAUGUCGCCGUAUUUCCCGCUCAGCUGGCUCGGUGGGCUGUGCGACGGAAGCCGCGCCACAGCAACGCCUGGCGAAUCCGCUGCCGCUGGUAAUGAUUCUACAGGCGCACUGCCGCUUGCAACAUCAUCAGCACGGCGUUUUGGAAAGCCAGCAAGGACAGCGUCAGCUGUGCUUCGGCGGAAGGCGGAGAGACCGCCGCCGCUGUCCCCGCAAGGCCUGCUCAACGCGUCUUUCUGCCUCGUUUCCGACCGUAGAUUGCACAUCAACAUCAAGCUCCGCGAAACUCCACCGCAGGCUGCUGGUGCUGACCUGGCGGAGGUGUCCAGUGACGUGGCGUAUGCUGCCGCCCCGACAUCCAACCCUACCUUCGCCCAGAUGUCAACAGCAGCUGCUGCCGAUGCCGCUGCUGCUGCCAGGAAGGAAGCUGAGAAGAGAGCAACAGCAGCUGUUGUGAGGGCUGCUCUUGCAAGCACUAGUGAUGAAGUGAGUGGUGUAGUAGAAGGACGAGAGGGCGAGAGAGAGGGAGCACAGGCAGCUAUCAGGGAGAUCGGGUUUGUGUGGGUGGCUGAUGGGCUGCAUUCCCUUCGUAUGGCCGUAACACCCAAGGUAACCGCUGAGAACAGCAGGAAUAUCGCAGAUACUGCCAAUAGUUUGUUGUCCCUUCUGGAGCUGGAUGGCGUGCCACUUUCGCCCCCAGAAGCAGUGGGUGAGCGGGUGACUGGAUCAGGAGGGCUGGUUCUUAGCAAAGUGGCAGAGGAGAGCGAGUGGCCUGUGAACAUGGUGAAGUAUAGGGUGGAGAUUGAGGGGUUGAUGGUGGUGGAGGUGCGGGCAAGCAUCGUGCGGGGCGAAGGGGAUGCGGGUGAAGGGCACCUGUCUGUGAUGCUGAUGAAGGUGAAGGUUUCUCCCACGGUCAAUGGACUCCUGGAUAUGGCACUUGCGGCUCGCCUAUCAUCCUCCAGCAUCGUAGCUGUUUCGACUACACUCACAUCGUCUGCCGGAUCAGCUGGAUCGUCGCGUUCUGCGAAUCUUCUCGCAUCUUCGCGCGCUGAUUGGUCGCACGGGCUUAGCCUCCGAUCGUUGCCGUCUGUCGCCGCUAACAUGUCGAGAAGUCGAAGCAGUGUCAGCACGAUCAAGUGCAUGGCGGAGGCGUCCCAAACGACCGCCGCUGCGGUCUCGUCGCCAGCCACUGGCCUCCGCGUGUUCCGGCUCGCUGACCUGGCAGAGGAUGACGUGGCGCAGCUGCUCACCAGGCCGCGCAUAGACUUCACCUCUAUCUUCAGCACGGUGGGUCCUAUAGUGGAGGAUGUGAGGCAACGGGGCGACGAGGCUGUUAAAGAGUACACGGAGAGGUUUGACCGAGUCAAACUGGAUGACGUGGUGGUCCGAGUGGCAGAGCUGCCUGACCCUGAGCUGCCUGCUGACGUGGCAGCAGCGUUUGACGUGGCGUUCAGCAACAUCCACAAGUUCCACCUGGCACAGAUGCCGUCCAGCUCGUUCCAAGUGGAGACCAUGCCGGGAGUGGUGUGUGGGCGAGUGGCGAGGCCCAUAGAACGUGUGGGGCUGUACGUGCCAGGAGGUACUGCUGUGCUGCCUUCUACUGCUCUCAUGCUCGCCGUGCCGGCAGGCAUAGCGGGCUGCACCACUGUGGUGGUCGCCACUCCUCCCCGCCCGGAUGGUUCAAUCUGCCCGGAGGUGCUCUACUGCUGCAAGAAGGCCGGCGCCACUCACAUUCUCAAGGCGGGAGGGGCUCAGGCUGUUGCAGCCAUGGCAUGGGGCACAGCCACCUGUCCCAAGGUGGACAAGAUCUUUGGCCCGGGCAACCAGUACGUGACAGCAGCCAAGAUGGCGCUGCAGACGAGUGAGGCCAUGGUCUCCAUCGACAUGCCUGCGGGGCCUUCCGAAGUGCUCGUCAUUGCCGACGAGACAGCUUCUCCUUCCCACGUCGCCGCCGACCUGCUGUCCCAGGCGGAGCACGGGCCAGACAGUCAGGUGGUGCUGGUGGCGGUGGGCGAGGGGGUGAACUUGGCAGCCAUCGAGGCAGAGGUGGAGCGGCAGAGGGGGGAGCUGCCCCGAGGGGACGUUGCUGCCAAGGCGCUGAGCCACUCUUAUGUGGUGGUGGCUGCUGAUAUCAACGAGGCGUGCCUCUUCUCCAACCGCUACGCCCCCGAGCAUCUAAUUAUCAACGCCGCACAGGCGGUGGACUGCCUGCCCCUCAUCCGCAACGCUGGGUCAGUCUUCCUGGGCCCAUGGACCCCAGAGAGUGUGGGAGACUACGCCAGCGGAACCAACCACGUGCUGCCCACCUACGGCUAUGCACGCAUGUACGGCGGCGUGUCUCUCGACGCCUUCUUCAAGCACAUCACCGUGCAGUCUCUCUCUGCCUCGGGCCUGCAGCUGCUGGGUCCCUCUGUGGCUAAGAUGGCCGAGGUCGAAGGGCUCGAGGCACACAGACUGGCCUUCUCUUCUGCACACGUAAGGGAGGAAGCAUCAUUUCUCCCACUGCUGCUCCUCUGCUCCUCUGCAGUAGCACACGGGAAGGCCUUGUCUUCUGCUGCCACUGCUGCUGCCACCGCUGGUCCCACCGCUGGCCUUUUCUUCUGCUCGCCUACCCAUCACUUCACAGCACCAGCAGCAGCACGCGGGAGGGAGGUAGGAGCGAGGAAGGUAGCAGCUGCCGUCCCAUCACUUCACAGCACCAACAGCCGCACGUGGGAGGGAGGUAGGAGCGAGGAAGGUAGCAGCUGCCAUCCCAUCACUUACACAGCACCAGCAGCAGCACGUGGGAGGGAGGUAGGAGCGAGGAAGGUAGCAGCUGCCGUCCCAUCACUUCACAGCACCACCACCAGCAUGUGGGAGGGAGCUCCAUGUCUCUCCAAUGCUGCAUCUUUGUUCCUCUUCUCCAUCUCCUUUGCCUCUCCUUCCACUCCUCUGCUGGUUCUCCUCCCCUUCUGCUGCAACUGCUGCCGCAACCAGCAAUGUCACUGCGGGCCUCCUCGCCUCCUCUCCACCUCUCCUCCUCUCUUCCUCGCCUCCUCGCCUCCUUCUCCUCCGAUGCAUCUACUGCAGAAUGGGAAGGAAGUGAAAAUUCUAUGA